AAGGCCCGGUUUCACCAACAUAGUAUAAGUCUUAGUACAAGAAUAAAUCGUUAAUUACUCUCGAGUAUAUCCAUUUUACGUUUCGCCAACAUUUAAACUAAUGAUAAAACCUCUAUACUAGAAUAAGGUCAUAUACCGCCAAUUUCGGUCAUAUAAGCUGCUAAUCUUUGGUUAGAAGUGUCACUGUCAAGUCAGUUCAUCGCAUUUAAAAAAUGGCGCGCCGUUUGUAUGCAUUAAUAAAUGAAACCGAUAGCGAAGAUGAUGAUUAUUUUUGUCCUCGUCCACGGUGGUUUAAGGAAAGGGCUAAUUAUUUUGAAGAGUACGACGAACACGAUUUUGUGAUAAGAUUUCGCUUAUCCAAGGAGGCAACAUUAAGUUUACUGGCAAAAAUCGAGCACCGCUUGGAGUAUACAUCAGAUAGAAAUAAGCCAAUAUCGCCUGUCAAUCAAUUAUUAGCUACAUUAAGAUUUUACGCAACAAAUAAUACCCAAAUGAGCAUUGGUGACUUUGUCGGUAUCAGUACACCAACGUCACACAGAGUUAUUCACCAAGUCAGUGCAGCAAUAGCAUCGUUGCACAAAGAGUAUAUCCGAUUUCCAACAACACGCGAGGAAAUACGAAAAGAACAGGAUUCAUUCUUUCAAAUCGCUAGAUUUCCGCGAGUCAUUGGUGCAAUGGAUUGUACUCAUGUCCGUAUAUCCUCACCAGGUGGAGAUCAUGCAGAACUAUAUUGCAACAGAAAGGGCUACUUUUCCAUCAACGUGCAAACUAUUUGCAAUGCAAACUUGGAGAUCACUGAUAUAGUAGCCCGGUGGCCAGGUUCAUCUCACGACAGCACUAUAUUCAAUAAUAGUUGCAUAAAAAGUAAGUUUGAAACUGGCCAGUAUGGCAAUGCUUUGCUGUUAGUAGAUGGUGGGUAUGCUUCCACUUCGUACAUGAUGACGCCUUUAGAGAACCCUAGGACUCCAGUGGAACAACUCUAUAACGAGUCACAAAUACGGACUCGUAAUCCUGUUGAAAGGUCAUACGGGAUCUGGAAGAAACGGUUUCCUGCAUUGGCCUUAGGGCUUCGCACUAAGCUGGACAAGUCUUUGACUAUUAUUGUAGCCACUGCCGUGUUGCAUAAUAUGUUGAUGCAACGAGGUGAAGUCAAUCCCAUUGAUGAUCCCGCACUACAACUUCCAGCUCCAUGGGAUGAACUUUUACACCAUGGUCAGAUAACUCAGCAACCACAACAUCCACAACAAUACAUCAGGCCCAAUUCAGUGCGAGAUGCUAUCAUUAAUAAUUAUUUUCAAAGUAUAUUGUAACCAAUAAAACAAAUUUUAUAAGCAAUAAAU